AUAUAUAUAUACACACACACAUAUAUAUAGAGAGAGAGAGCGAAAGGAAGAAGCGAGAAUAUAAAGACACAGGGACCCGGGAGGUGGCUAUGGAGCGAGGGGCCGAGUGUACGUACAGACACCGGGGCGGUGGAUUUAUAUAGAGAGGCCGGGGUCGGGCAGACCUGUUUGGGGGCUCUUCAGCGAGACGUAACGGACGCCGGGACAAGUACCAGAGAAGGCCGAGGCCGGAGAGGAGAGGCUCCGGGACGGGUUCAAAACCAGCGGGGACUUGAACAUGAGUGAAUUUCGAAUCCAUCACGAUGUCAACGAACUACUCAGUUUGCUUCGAGUACGAGGUGGAGAUGGAGCUGAAGUGUACAUUGACCUCCUUCAGAAAAAUAGAACACCUUACAUCACAACUACUGUUUCUGCCCACAGCGCAAAGGUAAAAAUAGCGGAGUUUUCAAGAACUCCUGAGGAAUUUCUCAAGAAAUAUGAUGAGCUGAAAUCAAAAAAUGUGCGGAAUUCGGAUCCCCUAGUUUACCUGCUAUCAAAACUAACUGAAGAUAAAGAGACCCUGCAGUACUUGCAGCAGAAUGCUAAGGACCGAGCAGAGCAUUCAGCCAGUGUCUUAGCGAACAGCAGUACAACCUUCAGUCUCCCCUCAACUACAACCAAGCUGUCUGUGCAAGAGCUUGAAGAACUCCGAAAACAGCUUGGGAGUGUCACCACUGGCUCAAAUUCACAACAGCCACUCGAAGUUGUUCGAAAGAUGCUGCGAGACAAACAUAGCAAGAGGAAUCCAGGACAGAUUAUCCCUCAGUUCCCACUAUGGGUGUACGAGAGGACAGCUCUUCUGGGGGAUUUUAUAACUAGCCACAGUCCAAUUACGGAGACAGUGGUAUCCAUAGGAACCAUGACACUCACUACCCAAGAGCAAAUAAUUGUUGAGGACUUGCUGUACGUUCUGAUUGGAGUGGAUGGCAAAUAUAUCACAGCCAAUUCAUUAAUGGGCAGGCAGAACCGAUUAUUUGCAGUUGAUCCGACACUGGACAUGUCCAUUAAAGAAUUGGUCAACAGGAUUCUUCCAUUAGCGGCAAGUUAUUCUUCUGUUACCAGGUUUAUCGAAGAAAAAUCCUUAUUUGAAUACGGUCAAGUAAACCAUGCAUUGGCUGCAGCAAUGCGAGCCCUCGUGAAGGAGUACAUGAUUCUUGUGACCCAGCUGGAACACUUGCAGAGGCAAGGUUUGCUCUCAUUGCAAAAACUUUGGUUUUAUAUUCAGCCAACAAUUAGAACAAUGGAGAUAUUGGCUUCAAUAGCUACGUCUGUAGAGAAAGGAGACUGCAUGGGAGGAUCAACACUAAGCCUGCUCCAUGACCGGACUUUUAACUACACCGGAGACAGUCAAGCACAAGAGCUUUGCCUCUACCUGACCAAAGCAGCAAGUGUUCCUUACUUUGAAAUUCUGGAGAAAUGGAUUUAUAGGGGCAUCAUCCAAGACCCUUACAGUGAGUUCAUGGUGGAGGAACACGAACUCCAAAAGGAAAAAAUCCAGGAGGAUUAUAAUGAUAAGUACUGGGAUCGGAGGUACACCAUCAUCCAGCACAGAAUCCCUUCGUUCUUACAAAAGAUGGCUGACAAGAUCCUCAGUACAGGGAAAUAUCUCAAUGUUGUGAGAGAAUGUGGUCGUGAUGUGACCUGUCCUGAUGCCAAGGAAGUGAUUUACACACUGAAAGAGCGGGCAUACGUGGAACAAAUUGAAAAGGCGUACAACUACGCCAGCAAGGUUCUCUUAGAUUUCUUAAUGAAGGAAAAAGAACUCUUAGAACGACUAAGGUCAAUAAAACAUUACUUCCUGAUGGACCAAGGAGAUUUCUUUGUCCAUUUUAUGGACCUUACCGAAAACGAGCUGAAGAAGCCAGUAGAUGACAUUAUUGCCACCAGACUGGAAGCCCUGCUUGAACUGGCAUUGAGAAUGAGCACUGCUAACACUGACCCAUUUAAAGAUGAUUUGAAGAUUAAUCUUAUGCCACAUGACCUAAUCACCCAACUUCUGAGGGUUCUAGCUAUUGAAACUAAUCAGGAAAAGACCAUCAUCCACCCAGACCCGACAGAGAUUGCUCUCAGUGGCCUUGAAGCAUUCUCCUUUGAUUAUGUUGUGAAAUGGCCACUUUCGCUGAUUAUAAACAGGAAAGCUUUGACCAGGUAUCAAAUGCUCUUCAGACAUAUGUUUUACUGCAAACAUGUGGAACGACAGCUGUGCAAUGUUUGGAUCGGUAAUAAAGUCGCAAGACAGUAUUCCUUACACUCUGCUAAAUGGUUUGCAGCUGCCUUUACUUUGAGACAGCGAAUGCUGAACUUUGUGCAGAACAUUCAGUAUUAUAUGAUGUUUGAGGUUAUGGAGCCAACUUGGCACAUCAUGGAAAAUAAUCUCAAAUCCGCAUCCAACAUAGAUGAAGUCCUGAGCCAUCACACCAGCUUUCUGGACAACUGUAUGAAGGACUGCAUGUUAACCAACAUGGUGCUUCUCAAGAUCUUCUCAAAGUUGAUGUCCUUAUGCGUUAUGUUUACCAAUUGUAUGCAGACGUUUACUCAGAACAUAAAGAUUGACAGUGAGAUGACUCACGGGACGAUGAAGAAGCCACCAACCCAGUCAGAAUGUACUGAAGAGACUGAAAAGAAGAGAAUCAGUAAUAAGGUUACCAUGUCCGAGAAUGUGGCAGAACGUAUUGAUGUACUACAUUCUACCUCUGGAUUCGAUAGCACCAUCAAUACAUUUGACAACAACUUUUCCUCCAACCUACUUGACCUGCUGGACAAACUGAGCAUUUCAAGUACAAAUGAUUGCGAGCACAGUAUGAUCAACAUAAUAUACAGGUUAGAUUUCAAUGGGUUCUACACUGAACGCCUGGAACGCAUGUCUGCAGAACGGAGUAAACCACAGGGUCAGCAAGGAACAGUUUCCAGAGCCCCUUUAUCUGCUCAAUAAGACCAGAGAAACAGCAUGUCCUAGAUCUAAUCAAUCACUGUUAAAAGACUAAGAAUGAUAAAUAAUCAGUUGUAUUUCCUGGGUAUAAUAAUUGAAACUAAUAAAAGUUUGUUGUACAUUUCCAAUGUAACUUUACAAAUAUAUAACCAGUUUACUUCAACUUUUUGUUAAGAUCUUGUAUGUUAAAAUACUCUGAUAGUUUGCAGCUGUGAGUGGGAGGGAAGAAAAAGACUUUGUGUUGUUAUUUUUGUGUUAGAUCAUCUCAGUGUAAUGGAAACUGGUGUGUACCCAAACCUCUGCUUAUGUUUGUAUCCAAAUUCUCUUUCCACACUCACCUUUUUGUCAGACUGCACUGGUGAUGUCAGAUUGGCAGGAUACAGGGAUGGAAGAGAGAGUGAACAUCAGCAAGGAAAGGGAUCCCAUCCAUACCAAUACAGUGCACCUAGUGGCUGAGUCAGGAGCGGCAUCGAUAGCACUUGUACAGGUGAACCAGGUGGUUCUACUUUCAAUUUAAGAUGAGCUUUGAGAGAAAGAUGGUAUGAGGGAAAAUGCUUUUGUAUUCUGUGUUAGGUUGAGUGCAGGAAUGUGUGAAUAGAGGGGUAUGCUUUUCAAAUGCCUAGAAUAAUUAAUUUAAGGUCACAGUGCCUUCAAUAAUUUCACUUUGUAUAUACACUUCUUUAUUUUUAGUAUAACUGAGUAAUCUAUUAAACGCUUCAGUAUGAAA